GGCAGGACUAGACCAUUGACGAAAACUUUUUUUAUCUAUCAAAAAUCAGUUCUUUGUUUUUUAUCCGGCGGAUGAUUGUUUUUUCAAUUUUACAGAAAAUAAAUGCAUGAUGACGAGUAGGGGAAGGAAUUACACGCAGAGCAACGAGUGGGACUCAACUAGGGAAGACUACAACAGCUCCAUUUUUGAUGCGCAAUAUGGUGAUGAGGAUACUAGUGGUGAAGCAAGCCAGCUAGAUCAUUGUCGACUUUACAUAAAGAAUAUACCGAAAGGCUUGAACGAAGAAGGACUACGGUCUGCAUUUGCCAAGUUUGGAACCCUCACCCAGGUCUUUCUGAGCAGGGACCCGCAGAAGAGCUAUGGUUUGGUCAAAUAUGAGACUCCUGGGGAAGCUAAGUUGGCGAUGAUGAAGAUGAAUAGAACUGAACCUCUCAGGUUGCAGAUUAAUAUUGCUUAUAAAAGUAAGGCAACGCCUGCAGUAGAAAGUAGACCCAGUCGGAACUGGCAAGACAGGAACACGAACGCGUCUCGAGACAGGAGCGAUAGAGCAAGCCUGAGUAACAGAGACAGAGAGGAGAGCGGGAGUGUUGCUAGCCGCAGUCGGACUUCUAGAGUACAAGAGGACAUUCCCAACGGAGAAAACAAUAUGGACGAGUUAUUGAUCGAGGAUGACUAUGGAUUCUCCGAUAUCCUGGACCCGAACCUCCACUUGGAGUUAGAAAGUCUGAAGCUUGAGCAGCUGAAGGUGCGCGAAGAACAGCUGCAGUGCAAGCAACGCGUCAUACUCCUCAAGCAGGCUGAGAGGCGGCCGAUGGCGCAAAUGAGCAACAGGUGCAUUCUACCCGAUGGGAAGAUUGUAGUCCGGAAUGUCAAUGACCGGGACUCUCGCGAUGCUGACGUGAGCUUCAGUGCCGGCGCCGGUGAUUCGAACGAAACCACGAUCUGUUCCUGUAAAGUCAAGACCAAGCGAUCCUGGGAACACCAGAGAACCGAUGACGGUAGCUCCACCCCAUCCACUUGCGUUCUCUGCUCCGAGGACAGAAGCGAAAACAAACACUACCGAGAUAAGUCCGUCAAUAGUAAAAUUACCGAUAAAAAGUCGGAGUAUUCGAGUAAAAUUGUCGAUAGUAAAACUACAGAUGUUACCACCCCUAGCAAGGCGACCAAAAAGUCUGACUGCAGUAAAGUUACCGAUACUUACAGCAAGAGAUCUGACGCGACUAGUAAAAAAGAAAUCAAACGAUGUGGUAAAUGUAGAAGUGAGGUAACUUGCGACUUGAAAUACAGUGACUUUUAUACUGACAGUGAUGAUGAAGACGAGACGAACAGACUGAUUCAACUACGUAAUGCUGACUAUAUGGACAUCGUUGACGAAGAUUUGAAGCUAGUGAUCGCUUUAGCAGGCUAUCCUAAGUCUAAGAUGAGACUUCGACAGAUGGAGCAGUUCCAACGUAGCCUUACAGAUGUUAUAGAUAUGCAACUCAAAGCUGGUUUACUAAAGCGAGUGCCAUCAUUCUUAGAUUAUUAUUUAAAUAGAGGAGCUUUGGUUUGUAUCUGUAAAGAUGUAGAUACUAGGGACUGGAUGGUAAGAGUUUCUCCUGGUCUUCAAGAAAGAAUGUGUACUAAUCUCGUUCUUCUCAAGUCGAAAGUCAAAAGAUUGUGUCUAGCAGUACUAAAGAUACCUAGGUCUUGUUGGCCGGCAACCGCUCAAGACGCCUUCAAGCUACUACAGUAUUUCAAUCCGAUGCUAAAAACUAAUUUAUGGAAAAUCUACGCGCAAAAAACAGUUGAAGAUGUAGAGCUGACUUCAUUUCUCAUUGAUAGAGUUUCUGGAGAAAUUAUUCGCGGUCCUUCUUUCAAAAAUGUUAUAGAUUACGGACAGAUGGAAUUUGAAUUGACUGGUUACACUGAGAUUUAUUACGAAUGUCUUCUCUCUGGUAUGGAAGAGGAUUUGAGAAGCGUUGCUUCGAGGGUUAAACUGCUGGAUGACUUAAGGUCUGCAGAAGCUACACCGAGAAAUCCUUCCGAUGUUAGCGUUAAAGAAAUCGAACCAGUUAAAACUGAGGAGAAUAUCAUUGAAGAAGAAGAGGAGGAAGAAUGUCCUAUUGAGCCUGAAGUUGAAGACGACUCCAAUGAUGUUAAAAAAGAACUCGAAUCUAGUCUACAGAAAGACAUUUUGAAGAAACUCAAAGAUGUAAAGUACAUAAGCGACAAAGAUGAAGUACUAGUUUGGUCUGAUGAAACAAACAAUUAUGGUACCGAGAUGGAUACGGAGAAAUCUGAUGCGAAAGACCAGGAGAACUUUGAAAGUAAUAUUGCGUCGACAUCAGGGGUAGCUGUCUCCGAUAAGACGGAGUCUUUUAUUGAGAGUAACGAUAACUUGAUUGCUAGAAGCAGUAAUCUAAACAUUGAUAGUAACAGAGGAAUUGCUUACCAUAGAAGAACAAAUUAUUUACACGUAGAAAAUGAAUUGAAAGUAGCCAUUACUUUAGAAGGAUACCCACAGAAUAAGCUAGAAGGUACACACAUUAGAAGACUGAAACAUCUGUUUAAGGAGUAUCUCCACAAAGAUAUGAAAAUGCAACGAUUUGCUAACUUAAUUAUUCCCAAAUUCCAAGACAUAUACUUGUCUAACGGUGCUGUGAUUUACAUAUGUGAUAGUCUAGAAACUAAAGAUUAUUUAACUGAAGUUUUACCCAAAUUCAUUAAUUCUACUGGACUGAAAUUGACGUUUAGAGACAUCAAAAGCCUUGUUAGAUAUACUAGAAUAGUAAUGAGAUUGCCUAAAGAGCAUGCUCAUGUUGAAUCCGUAGAAAUAUUGUUGAAACUACAAGCUAAAUAUCCAGGUUUGAAACCCGAUUGCUGGAAGUAUUACUCGGAUGUUGCUGGCAAACAGAAAAGACAGUUUGGUGUUGACCCUGAGUCUUUAGAAGUGAUUAAAAGCCCUGACUUUGAUCCUAGUUACGAUGGUGAUAAACUGACAUUCAGAAUCAUUGAUAGACAGAAACGUGAUGUUAGUUUCGACGAGACGAGCAAAGAAAUUGAUGAUGGAGAUACUAAGAAGCAAAGAGAUGUAGUUCUCAAGCAAAUGUUUGUGCCGAUAGACCCCGAAAUAAUGUCUGCUCCGCUUACCAGGAUCCGUACGAACCACUAUUCUGACCUUAUCGCUGACGAUCUCAAAUUGUACGUGGGGCCAUCGAACUACCCAGAAUCUAGAAUAGACGAAUCCCUAUUCCAUUCUAUAAAGAGAACUUUCGAGAAAAUUGUCCUAGAAUGUUUGGAGAACGGAGAAUUAAAUGAAGAAACCAUGCCUAAAUUCCAUGAUAUGUAUCUCUUUGAUGGCGUCAUAUUCAUCAUUUGCCAGGCUAUGGAGUCUAGAAACUGGAUUGAGCAAGCGUUAACGCAAGUGAACUCUAAAUUACACAUACACCUAAAAUCAACCGAAUUCCGAGGUGCUGUUGGAAUUAUAAGCAUGGUUUGCAAAACAGAUAAAGACACAGAUGAAGUGAUUGCCAUACUCCAAGAACAGAAUCCGAGAUUGCGCACUAAAUAUUGGAGGAAAAUAUCUACAGUGAGAACCAAAACGAAAUUAGACGUUGUCUUACAGAUUGAUAAACUUUCAGCUCAAGUUAUCACUGGACAGACUUUCAACAAAUUCAUUGGAACUAGCGCUGUGCAAUUCAAGCUAGGACAUCUACAGUCUUUGCUUAAACCCAAAGCAAGCUUAGAAGAAUUAAGCAAGCUUCACGCUAGACGAUUAGAACGCAAAUUAAGCGAGACGGAGACUCUAGAAAGAUCUAAAAGCAAGGUCUCAAUGCAAGGACCAAAAGAAAAAUCAUUUGAUGAUGUAAAAAUGGAGUUAAAGAAAGAAUAUCCAGGAUUGAAACUAGAACAGUGGAGUGUCAUAGCUCAACACGAGAAAAUUGCUCACAAUGUAUGCGAUUUAGAAAUUGAUGAAGAUUCAGCUAAUAUUAUAAAGAAACAGGAUUUUGAAUUAAGCAUGGGAGAUCAGAAGAUAUUCUUCUAUACUGGCAAUAAGAUGGAUUCUGAUUUAGACCCGGUUAUCAUAGAGCCUGAUUCUCCAAAAAGUGUUGAUACAGAGUUAAUCUUGCCAGAACAACAAGGAUACCACAAAAUUAUUAUGAAAAUCCCUCUCAACAUUCUACCGGAAAACAAAGACGAUUUGAAUAUUAUAUUCGAUUUACUUGAAGAUAAAAACCCGGGUCUGAACACGGAAUUAUGGCAAAUUUUCACCGACACCGUGUAUCCUAGCAACGGUAAAUUUACUGUUUACAUUGAUAAACAAUCGGUCACCGUGUUGCAGGGAAAGAAUUUUGAUCCUUCUAUCGGUGGGGAGAAGAUCAAAUUCUUUUUCUAGAAAGUUCCAUUUUAAACACUAAAUAAGCAUGAUUCUAACUAUGACAAUUUUGACCCGGCCUCAAAGGACCUGUGACUCGAACAACUAUAUUAGGUCUCUAUAAAUAGGUAUACCCUAACUAUUCAAGGGAAAAGGCUAGAAUAUCAUGUAAUUAUUUACUAACUGUCGUUCCCAAUAAUUUUAUCUAUCCAUUUUUUUUGCUAACUAGAGAUAUAAUUUUCACUAGUUUUGUGUAAUUCCUAUCUCUAUUGAGCAAAUUAAUAUAUAGAUGGAAUUUUGUGUCAAACGGCCGUUAAAAAACAGUGAUAUUAACAUAGUUUCACAUAUCAUUCAGUAAUAGUUAGUUUUAGACUUUUCAUAAUAAGUUUUAUACUGACGAUGCACGUAUUAAGUAGAUUUUUACUGCUUAGAACGCCUAGAAUGUAUUUGUUACUGUUUUGAUGUCGAAAUCUCCCAUUCCGAAAUUACGGACAGAAAAAGUACUAUUUGACACCCCAGCAAAGGAAAUAUACUUAUUUUUUUAUUCUUCAUUUCAAAACACAUUGCAAUAAUGCCAUCAUAAUUCACUGUAAUACAUUAUAACUUUGACCUUCAUUCAACUAUGAGUCUAGCAAAUUAUAAGCAUGCAAAAAAAAUAUUUAGCCCACCCCAAAUAAAGAUUAUAUUUUAAAAAUGAGAUUUCUAACGACAAAAUCGUACAAAAAAAUGCCUAGACCAAAAUAUCAAUUAGCCCUAAAUUCACCGACAGCAUAAAUGGUAGUUUUUCUUAAAACAACCGUUGACUCAGAAAUUUUAAUGCAAAAAUUCAUAGUAAACACUUAUUUAAGAAAACUAACGUUUAUGUUGUCUAUGAACUUGUUUAUAAUAUUGACUGUUCACAGUCAAAACCUGGUAACCAAACUAAACAGCAAUGUGAAUCUGUCAUGCUCACUCAAAUGUUCUGCUGUCGGUGGCGUCGUGUAUCGGGUCGUUGAGUUCCCUCCAAUAUGGUUGAGCUGAACGGGGCUGAUGCAUGCGUCAAGCUCGUGAACGGGCGCCGUCUAGCGGGACUGGUCAGAUCACAUUGCGCCGAAAAAGUGGAAAAAGAAAGCUAAAAAGGAUGUUACAUUUCCAUAGAAAAACUUUGCUCAAAAUGUCAUCUGCUUUGUUGAAAAAAGCUUCUACAUUUUGAGAGACCUAAUUUUGGCAGUGCUACAGAAAAAAAUCGAAAGAUCCCGACGAACUCAGAACUUCAACAUUUUUUGGGGAGUCGGUUAGUAAUAAUAAUGACAGAAACUUUGCCAUGAGCAGAGGUUUAUCAAAACUACUAAUUGGCUCUUACAUACUAUAUUUAUUUAUUUAUUUAAAAUACUUUAUGCACAUUGUACAACGGCGCCUUAGGCGUUCUCUGCCAGUCUACCUUAGGGUGGUGGUGAAAUAGAAAUGCUAGGUGCAACACAGGUUGUAGAAGCAUUUGGGGUUGGCUUCGCUCCAUUUCAAAUCUAAGCUUUCCUUUGCAAUUCAAUUACUGCGAAAACGAAAGACAAAACUAUAUUUCAUACCACAAUUCAAUGUUUAUUUCUGUCCGUUUUUCGGAAAAGGGAUUUCGGACUUUAAAUUUUACAAUAACCCACCGAAAAAGGUGUUAAAAGUUUUAAAUUACCCACCAAGUAUUAUGAAGUAUUUUGCUAAUAAUAAUAAUUUUAAAAGUGAUAAUUUUUACCAAUUGCAUACAUUCCUUCAAUUAAUUCCAUGACAUUUUAAUUAUUUAUUGACAAUCUUAAUUUAUUUGUGAUUUUUGUUGACAUUAUUCCUUAUUUCUAUAGAAAUACCAUCUGUUGUAGUUUUUAUACCCUGGAUGUUACUUUCUAUACUGUAUCUAAGUCUACCGCAGUUGUGAGUUAUACCACCGUUUUGGAGUAAUUCUACUCUUUGAAUUAAACAUACUGAUGUGUGGGAAUUUAAGGGUUGCCAGAUAACAAAAUAUUAAUAACCAAUUCGCAAAUUCAAUAGUAUUUUGGUACAUAACGGACUGUAAAUUAAUUAUUUAACAGAAUAAUUAAAGUAAAUCAAAUUGUAUGCUCACUGUUGACUUUAAAAACCCAGUAUCUGACAACCCACUUUAAACAAAAAAAAACAAGGACACGAAAACAUUAUUUUUAGUAACAAUUUUAGUUUGUACUAAUUUACAUAAGUUUUAGGGUAAGUAUUUUUAAUAUUGUAACGUUUGCUUAGGUGCUUCAAUGGCGGUGCGAUGAGAUUAAAGAAAAUAAAUAUAAUGUGCUGUAUUUUUUACCAUAAUAAUAUACUACUGAGUUUUUUUCUCUCCAAUGAGUCCCGUUCUCCGCCAGAGCACAGAUAAGCAGAGCGGAGAGGAGAAUUAACAACCAAUAGAAUUUUGUUAUUCCAACUUCUUAUAUGUAUAGGUCCACUCUGGUAUCCACUGAUCGAAGAAAUUGUAUUUGUUUUUUAUAGAACCCCCCCCCCCUCUUGCUCUUUUCGUUUCCGCUCUGACGGGUUCGGGUCUUAUUGUGAAGCUUAAAAUAUAAAAUAAAUUGCAGAAAUCUGAAACUUCAGAUUUCACUGCAUUAUCAUAUAUAUUUUACAUGUCUGUACGUUUUGUGUUUGUUGACGGUAACGAUACGGUAACCAACAAAAAAAAGUGCGUGACUCUGUGCUCUUUUGAUAUACUAAAUACAAGUCUUAAGGUACGUUUUGAAUUCUGGCUGCCUGUUCCGACUGCGGCCGACUUCAUGCAGCCGCGGCAUGUGCGGUCGGCAGUCGCAGUCGGCAGCGAGAAUUCAAAAUGCACCUUUUAGAUCCAAGUUCCAUGUUUUUUCGUAUACUUUUCAUCAUCAUCGCGCCACCAUUUUGUCCAGCGUCUAGUUUUUAUGUACCUUCAUAACGAGUCUCUGUUCACUGUUAGCUCGCCUUGAAAUUUUUAAUUUAGUUUGUUUUAAUUUUUACUUUAAUUUCUUUGUAGUUUAUGUGAUGUGUUGGUUUGCAUGUUUGUCUUUAUAAAUAAAGUAUUGAUUAUAAUUUU